AUGUCCGAUUCGAAGACCAUCGCCCCUGUGGCCGUGUCGGAUACGAUGUCUGACCUGGACAAGAACUCCAAGGAGACGAGGCCAGUGAGCAUCGCCGAGGACCCUUCAGGCGAUGUGAAGACCUCUUCGUGGUGGAGAAAGAUACUCGGAUAUGUGUGGGAUUCUGUCGAAGGAGACCCGGAGUACCGCGCAUAUGUCCAAAGACUGGACCUCUUCUUCUUUCCUACAGUCUGUCUUGGGUACUUCAUCAAGUACCUCGACCAAACAAACUACAGCAAUGCCUUCGUCAGCGGUAUGCAACAAGAUCUCGGCCUCUACGGCAACGAGCGCAACUGGUUAAACACCUGGUUCAGCCUCGGCAUCAUGGUCGGCAGCGUCCCCGCCCAGAUGACGCAGCUCAGCUUCGUGCGCUCCUCCGUCCUGAUCCCGACGUGCGAGGUCAUCUGGUCGCUGCUCGUCAUCGGCAUGGGCUUCGCCAAGAACAUCCAGACCAUGUACGCUCUGCGGUUCUUCAUCGGCCUCUUCGAGGCGUGCGCCUUCCCCGGCUACAUCUCCAUGCUCGGGGGCUGGUACGGGCCGAAGGAGCUGACGAAGCGGCUGGCCAUUCUGCUGCAGGUCGAGUCUAUCGCCAGCAUGUUCAGCGGGUAUCUGCAGGCGGGGCUGUACACCAGCAUGAACGGUCGUCAUGGUCUUGCUGGGUGGAGGUGGCUGUUCAUCAUGGAUGCCAUCAUCUCGCUUCCGAUCGCCAUCUGGGGGUUCUUUGGACUACCUGAUCUCCCGCACAACACCAACGCCUUUUACUGGUCAGCUGAACAUAUCAAAUACGGUGUAGAGAGAAUCGAGCGGUUCGGCCAAAGGGCCCAAGAAAAGCUGACAUGGAAGGAGGCCAAGCGCAUCUAUCUUGGCUGGGAGAUCUGGGUCUUUGUUGUGCCAUACACUAUGGUCGCGGCCUGUCAUUCAGCGACGAGCUACUUCAACCUUUGGCUGAAGUCGGCGGGCUACUCGGUUGUGGAUGCGAAUAUCUAUCCAACCGGUGGAAGCGCUCUGAAUAUCGUUGUUACCAUCAUCUGGGGCAUCAUCGCCGACCACACGGGGAAGAACUAUAUGAUGAUUGUCAUUGUGCAGGCUUUCAUGAUCCUCUCCAACAUUCUGCUCUCCGUCUGGACCAUUCCUAAGGGUGCUCUCAUGUUCGCAUACUAUCUUUCGUACGCUGGUUCGGCUGCGACGCCAGUUCUGAUUAGCUGGGCGAAUAGACUCAACGCUGGUGAUCCCAGUGUCCGUCAACUGUUGGUUGCCACGGCCAACGUGGUUUCUUACGCCUUUGUGCUUUGGGUGCCUUUGGUCUUGUUUCCUACAUACGAUGCUCCCAAAUACAAAUAUGGAUAUCAAAUUCUCAUAUUGUUUGGGGGUCUUGCGAUCAUCAGCGUAACUGUCAUGUGGUACAUGUAUCGACGAAGAGAGUAA